GGUUACACACUUUGUGCCCGUUUCCUGCUUGUGUUUGGUUCAUUCCCGGGUUAUAUACUCACGUUUAGAGCCGCCCCGGUGCUUCACGAUCAUUUCCAACAGUGUAAACCCAGCUCUGGUCGUCUCUUGGCUGUUGUGCUCAUCGGCCGACACACCCUCCGACGUUAGCGUCUCCGAAAGCGCCGUGCAAAUUUCGACUGGAAUUUCCCGUUUUGUUCGUUUUAAAUUGGAUUAAAAAUGGCCUAUCCAGGAUACGGCGGUGCCCCCGGUGGGUUCCCCGCAGCGCAAGAUCCCCUUUACGGAUAUUUUUCGGCUGUAGCUGGUCAGGAUGGGCAGAUCUGUGCAGACGAGCUGCAGCGCUGCCUCACGCAGUCCGGCAUCGCUGGCUCAUACAAACCCUUCAGCCUGGAAGCCUGCAGACUGAUGAUCAGCAUGCUGGAUAGGGACAUGUCUGCCACCAUGGGCUUUAAUGAGUUCAAGGAGCUGUGGCAGGUUCUGAACGGCUGGAAGUCCACCUUCGCAUCCUACGACCGGGACUGCAGUGGAACAAUGGAGGGUCCUGAGCUGCAGCAGGCCAUCGCCUCCAUGGGUUAUAAUCUGAGCCCUCAGGCCAUGAACAUCAUCAUGAAGCGCUACAGCACAAACAGCCGGAUCGCAUUCGAUGAUUUUAUGAGCUGUUGUGUGAAGCUCCGUGCCCUGACUGAUCAGUUCCGCCGGAGAGACACGACCCAAACUGGAAAUGCUGCGUUUCAGUUCGACGACUUCAUCCAGGUCACCAUGAGCCUAUGAGGAGGAAGACGCUGAUCAGAAGGGACACACCUGCUCUUUUUAAUCUUCUCAUAGUAACAGCAUGUACCAGUACUUUCAAUGUGUAUUUCUAGUUUUAAUCAUUGUUAUACAAACAGUAUUAAAAUAUCACAGUCACGUUCCAUUUUUUAAAGUAAUGCUUUAACAGACUAAUAAGGUUCCUGUACCCUCAGCCUGGACCAAUGACAAGCCGCUGUGUGCCUGUGUGAGCCCGCGACGCUGAUGAAACUAAUAAACAUGUAAUAUCACAAGCUGA